AUGGCCGUGCCGGAGUUGAAUACCUACGUAGGACUAGCAGUUGUAUUGGGCGCUUUUGCUGCCUUGGUGGCCGUCUUGAUUCAACAGUGGUGGCAAAAUAAGCCGCUAUUAGCCACAAAGUUCGAGGAGCCAACAGCUCUCCCCAAGGACUUUCACAGCGGCGCCAGAAUCCUUGUGGCGAAAAGUCACGCUGAGUGGAGUUUCGCCCGCAAGACCUUUCGCUUUCUCGAAGUCUUUGUGAAUAUUGCUUGGGUCUUCGGCAGCAUGGCGGUUCGGCCCUAUGCAUGGCUUCCAGUGGUGUUUAUGGCCUAUGCUUUACCUGCUUAUUGUUUGGAAUGGACAGUUUGCCAGCUGUGGGAGCAACCGGCAUUGGCCUUCGCUUUGCAUGGCCUACCUGCCGCAGUUGCACUCAUUCGUAUCGUGCUGCUGUUUGCUUUUACCCACAUGGUCAGAGCAGAAGCGCUAGGAUUGGGCAUUCUGCGAAACCCCGAUGGUUGGAAGAUAGGCUACAGGAUCGAGUGGUUGCAGGGGCAGAAAGUCCACUUUCCAUGGCCCUUGUGCUUCUUGGAGGAAUUGUUGCCUGAAUCUUCGGGAGAGGGCGUGGUGGGUGGGUAUUUCUUAAUACGUACCGGUUGCUUCUUACUCUACGUUCUGAUCCUUGCUUCCGUGGUUUGCUUCAACACUUACAAAGGGCUUGCUUCAUAUACAACGUCUGCGCAGGAGCAAGCCUUACAGGCUGAAGAGGAGAAGAGCUUGAAACAAAAAGAGAGGUCAGAGCAAGCUGCGAUGGUGAAAGAUCUUCGGAUGGGCCGGGACUCUGCUGUAAAGCAAGAAACUGCAUUCUGGAUCUACUUCGAUGCAGUCUUGGUGGUCUAUGACAUGAUUUCAGACCUUGUGACGGUCUGGACCCUGCUUGCAGUGAAGAGAUAUGAAUUAGCUUCCAUGAUGGUCUUCAUAUUCAUCCGGAGUGUACUUCUUCAAGUUUCCUCAGGCAAACCCCGGACCUUCAUCGCAGAUGUGCAGGCGAGCGUCCACCGUGGGAUCCGCCACCAAAACUUCUUAGAUAUUUUGCAAGAGGAGCGGGGGUUUGAGGCCCCCUUCAGCCUGAUGUUGACCUCAUACUCGUUGCUGGUUUGUGUCAAUGAUGUAUCCUCAGCUCUCAGACAGAGUAUCAGCAUUCUCGUCUCCGCCUACGGUCUUGCAAACUUUAUUUACAUACAGCUCGACUUGAACCUGGUCGAUGAGGAAGAGAUCCAAAGAGCAGGGGUUCUUGAAAAUGCAGUUGAAGAGGUCAUACAUGCUAGCAAGAGUUGGAAGAGCUGGAUCUUCGGCUCCGAUCAAAGCAACUCACGCACGGGCCUCGUUCUGUUCAGCGAGGAAUGA